AUGUUUUCACCAAUAAUUUCAGCAUUAAAAUUCUUGUCAAUUAAAAAAUCAGCAAUUGACUCCUUUAGCUUCAAAAUUAUCACAGUCAAUGCUGGAAUUUUUAAAGUUUUCGUUUCACGAAAUGAAACAGUCUUCGAUAUGAAGAAAAUUAUUUAUUAUGUCAUGAUUGAAAGUGAUGAAAAUUUACCAUUUGAAGACAUUGAUAUUGAUGAUGUUAUAACAUCCAUGAAGCUCUUAAGGACAAAGACUAAAAGUUUAUUGAAUGAUUCGGACCAUUUAGACAAGCAUAGCUUCAAAAAUAAUGAAGAAUUUAUGUUGACAUUUAGACGUUCACACAAUUCACUUUCAAACACCGAUGAGAUACUUUCUGGGCCAAAAGAAUACCAAAUUAUUGAGAAAACGAAGAAUUUACAAAGUUUAAAGCCAUUGCCAGUCUACAAUAUCAAUUAUUUAUUCCGACAAGACGAUUUAAGGAAGGUUUUCAUUACGCUAGCAAAAGAAUCAGCCUACAUCCUGUGCACGAAGCCUCAGUCAUUGAAAAUAUUAAAUUAUUAUCGCGAAAAGAUGAACAAGUAUAUGAAUAAGUACGAAAAUGCCUUUAAAGUCAUGUAUAAAUUAGGAUUUUCACAAGAUAAUGUCAAGCUAGCGAUGAAGCUAAAUGCUAAUAAUUAUAAAUUAGCUUUAGAUUGGCUGAUUGAUAAUGUUAAGCAGCAUGAAAAUUUAAGGCUAUCAAAAUCACCACGACCAUCAUUAAUAUCCAACAAACGAACAUCAAUUCUGUCAUCAAGCUUCGAUCUAGCAUCUGCUACAAUCUCCGAUCGACUUGAUGGAUUGCUUGGAAUUGUUGAAUUUUAUGCCAAAAUGGACGAACAAGUUUCUGAUAAGCAUCUUAAGGAAAUGGUUCGGAUGGGCUAUGACGAAAAGGAAGCGUAUGAAGCGUUGAGAACAAUUAGAAAUAAUGUCGGUGCUGCUUGUGAAUAUUUAGCAGGUGAUGUGAGCGGAAGCAUUAUGGAGUUACGCGUGGGACUUGAUCAAUCAUGUCCAAUUUAUGAGAUUCUCAUGAAGACACCGGAUUUACAGCAGCUUCUCACAUUCUCGGAAUCAUUUAUUUAUUUCAAUAAACUUCUCGAAGAUCACAUAAUAGAAUGGGAUCCAAUAGAAAAUAAUGGACAACUUUUGCGUCGAGUUAUUAUUAAGUAUCAUGAAGAGAAGCAUUCGAUGGUAACAAAUCAAUUUAACAGCCCAACAAAGCCCGCAUCAUCAUCGCCAUUAACAUAA